GUUGUCACCCGCAGUUAGUUUGCAAAUUGUCGCGAGUGUGGAUGUAUUACGAGGACCUGGUUCGGAGCACGAUCGUGUCUUGGACGCAGACAACGAAUACUACACCAGUCUAUGUACAUACAUCGACGAGGCGAGACGAUUUGCAUGAGAGCUCAUUAUAAACGAAGUUAAGUGCGCCAUAGAUGAGCGGGCAUGCUGCAGCCCGUCCUGUCGAAGGUAGUCAAGCCGUUCUCGAGCGCCUUCAGGUGCUGCCGAUCGCCGGGAAACCCGCAUCGACAUUGUCCGUCACAGCAGCUGCCCCAAUGGAUAGGCAAAAUGCUGUUACGAACGAAGAGAAAACGCGCACGCAGAUGGACAAGAUUUCAAACAGCCAGAGAGUGUGGACCAGCUUGGUGUCCGGUGCGAUAGCAGGCGCGUUUGCGAAAACCACGAUAGCACCGUUAGACCGUACGAAAAUCAACUUCCAAAUCUCGAAGCAACCCUACUCGGCCAGGGCGGCGAUAGAAUUCUUAGUCAAAACUAUGCGUACUGAGGGCCUCCUUAGUCUGUGGCGCGGCAACAGCGCUACUAUGAUUAGAAUCGUGCCAUAUUCCGCGGUGCAAUUCACGGCGCACGAGCAGUGGAAGAGAAUUCUGAGCGUGAACGGUUCGGAAAGGAAAAAGCCGUGGGCGAGCUUCCUGGCCGGCUCUCUCGCGGGUGUAACUUCGCAGACUAUGACCUAUCCGUUGGACCUGAUGAGAGCUAGGAUGGCAGUGACUCUAAAGGCCGAGUAUAGGACGUUGCGACAGGUGUUUUGGCGUAUCUAUAAGGACGAAGGUAUCCUGGCGUAUUACCGCGGCUUCACCGCCACGAUUCUCGGCGCCAUCCCUUACGCCGGUUGCAGCUUCUUCACGUACGACAUGCUGAGAAACUUUAUGGCUGUGCACACGGUGUCUAUUCCGGGAUUCUCGACCUCUCUCAUUUGUGGUGGCAUCGCUGGAAUGGUCGGUCAAACUAGCAGCUAUCCGCUGGACAUCGUGAGGCGAAGAAUGCAGACGUCGGCUGUCAAAGGACAGCAUUAUCACACAAUUAGGUCUACUAUCGUGAAAAUUUAUAUGGAAGAAGGAAUAAUGGCAUUUUACAAAAGCUUAAGCAUGAAUUGGGUCAAGGGUCCCAUUGCAGUUGGAAUCAGCUUUGCCACACAUGACACGAUACGGGACACACUUAGAGAUGUUAUUUCUGAGGACAGAAACACAGUAAAUUACCGGGAUGGAAUCUAACGUUUACGAAAACGCGAGAGAUGACGUAUCCAUUGUUUAAUGUAGUUUGCCACAAAUGACACUUUCUACUAAUGAAUUAAUAUGCCAAUAUAAAUUUCCUUUAAAACGGUUCAACGAAAAAGAGAAGAAAAGAAUUCUGAAAGCACAAAAUAUUGUUAACAAUAAAGCAUUACUGUAGAUUAUUGUAACAACACGAGACGAGAUAAUAAUAUUUUGUUAUUUUGAGAGGGCAUUUCUGAAGGCGGAAAGUCAUUAGUACAAAUUGUUAAAUAAUCUGUAUAUAUUGUUAUUUCAAAGGUUAUAGAGAUCGUUAAAGUUAGAAUGACGUAAUGUAUAUACAUAUGUGCAUAUAUGAGAAACAAUAAUAGGUAAUUCCAGCACACUGUGAUGUAUGGACUUGUAUACAUAAACUGAAUAUCUUCUUCAAGAGGCUGCAUGCUGUAACUACAGAGAAAAAGAAAGAGAGAGAGAGUGAGAGUGAGAGAGUUAGAGAGAGAUAACGUGUGUCGCAAUCCAUCUUUGUCUAGCUUCAUUUUUAAAUAUCCUCUUCCUAUGCAACGAGGAUAGCAUACCUGUAGACAGUGGAAGAGGAAUAUCUUUCAGUCUUAAAAGCUGUCAUAAAAAAGAAUAAAAAGGCAGUCUAUGUAUAUAAAUCUAUGCUGUAAGCUGUAUGCUGUUGAGAGCAGGUGCAGUUGCAGGGAGAUAUUAUUUCUAAAUUACCUUAGAAAAAAUCAUUUCGUAAGCUUUGUACAUGAUAAAAGCAAACAAACUGAUAUACUUUACACUAUGCGAAAGUACGCUCGGACGUAACAUUUAUAAAAUACUUUUCACACUUUGCAAAUGACAAUACUCAAAAGAAUGAUGAUGCAUAUAGGUCAUAAAAUACAGAAAUAUUAUAUCCUUUUGAAAACAAGCUACGUCUCAAAUGCCGUUAUUAUUAUUUAACGAUCUUGUGUUUUAUAUUUUAUUUUUUCGUUCGUUAUGUUUUGACAAUGUGAUAAAUUAACAACUUUCACAUCAUAAUUAAUAACAGUGCAAUAUCUUGAACAAUUAUAGUUGAUAAUGACACUAAAAGAUGAAGCUACAAAUUUGUAAUAAGAGAAAAAAUGUAUAAGAAUUCGACACAAAUCAUGAAGAAAAGAGAAUUAAUCAGAUUAUUGGAUUCUUGUGAUUAUUGUGAUUUUUAUCAUUCGUUUGUAAUUUUAAAUAGAAUUUAAUUAUGUUGCUGUGAAAUCAUUUUAUAAUUGAUUAUAAGAGAAAUU